GGGGCCGGGGCGGUGCGGGGUCGAAGGGCAGCGGGAAGCGGGCGGCGGGGACGGCAGCGCGGGGCGCGGCGCCGCCAUGGGCAGGGCACCGGGAGCGGGAGCGGGAGCGGGGGGGGGCCCGGCCGCCGCCCCGCGCCGCGGCAGGAAGGAGAAGAAGGUGGCCAACAUGAAGCCCAAGUGUCCCGACGAGCAGGAGAUCCCCUUCCGCCUGCGGGAGCUGAUGAAGAGCCGCGAGGCCAUGAGGCGCCCCGGCGUCAGGAAGAGGCGGGCGGCAGAGAAGAAGCAGCCGCCCCAGGUGAAAGGCAGCGAGGCCCAGGGAGACAUCCCUGUGCCCAAGUUCAAGAGGGGGAAGGGGGAGUCGGAGCGCUCCUACAUCUGCCGCAUGGAGCAGGAGGUGCAGCGGGUCCUGUUCCUCACCAAGAACCAGCUGCAGCGAGAGCCCGAGAAGGAGGUGGCGGCCCAGGAGAAAUCCAAGAGGAAGAAAGAGUUUCAGAAUAAGAAACUGGAUAAAGCACGGAAGAAGAAAGAGGAGAAGAAGGCAGCCUUGUUGGAGAAGAGCUUGUUCCAAGACACCGUGGAGUUCGGCGACGUUGUUACGCAGCCCCCCACCAUCACGUCGAGGCCCAGGAGAGGGGGCCCCACGGAGCAGGCCGGCCGGAAGCGGCUCCUGCUGACGUCUCGCCUGGGCCAGAGCCAGGCGUCCCCAGCGUCCCCGGCACCACCAGUGUCCCUCGCUCGCCAGCGCAUCGUGCAGGAGGAGCGAGCGCGGGUCAUCCAGGCCUACAGGGACAUCCAGCGACGCAAACAGCAGCAGCGGGAGGCGGCGCGGGGGAGCGGCCAAGCCGGCCGGCGGGCUCCGUGCUAGGCCCGGCCUGGCCCCGGCACCCUCGUCGAGCCUCCCUUGUCCGGGCCAGAGCCGCAGCCGCUCCAAGAGGCCUCGCUGUGCAGGGUCACCGAGGGAGGCUCACGCGCCCGCGAAGUGCGUGUGCGGGAUCCCAGGACUCGUGGGAGACAGUCGUGCUGACCCCGCUCUGCUGCUGCUGUCGCUGAGCCUGGGGUUCCGCUGCGCCCUUCCCGGUACCUCGGCUCGGGGCACCCCCUGGCCUCUUUGCCGGCGCGGGGGCCCUCUGCGGUGCCCCGGACCUGCUCGCAGUAAAAGGGCUGUUUGCUGGUA